AUGGACAUUGAUGACUUGUCUCUCCUGUUCAAAGAAAAUACCCGCUUGCAUGGACAAGUCUGGCACAUCAGUGAUGAACUGAGCACCAUGCUGGGACAGGUAGCACAGACCAGAGGAGGAAUGACUCAUAUGGGGAGACAACAAGAACAACAGCAGAUUAAGCUGGAUAACCUCCACCAACGAAUGAACUAUCACCAUAGCAACUGGAUGAACUGCAAUUCAAGGACAACUGCUAUGGAGAAUCAAAACGAUAUUGCUAUCUCUCUGGUACAUGGAAUAGAAGAAAAGCAUGUAGCAAUUAACGAAAGUCAUGAGACACUCGAAGAAAGGCAUGUAUCACUCUAA